AUGGCCACCACCAGCACACCCCAACUCUCCACCUGCUGCCUGCAAGCCUCCCUCUGGGAGGGCACCCCAACCGGCACCGAAACCACCCUAGACGGCGUGCCCAACCCAACUUACAUCGCCUACCCCCCCUCCACCACCACCACCGCCAACGCCAUCCUCUACAUCCACGACCUCCUCGGCUGGACGUUCCCCAACGCGCGCCUCGCCGCCGACGCCCUCGCGCGCGCCACCAACGCCACCGUCUACCUGCCCGACUUCCUCGGCGGCGAGGUCAUCGACUUCGACGCCGCGCUCGCGGGCCGCUUCCACGAGCUGGACAUGCCCGGCCUCAAAGCGCGCAACGCGCGCGAGGUGCGCGAGCCCGAGGUGCUGGCGUACGCGAGGGUGUUGCGGGAGGUGUAUAAGGGGGGGAGGGUGGGGGUGGUGGGGUAUUGUUAUGGGGGGUGGGCGGCGUUGAGGGUCGGGGGGGAGGAGUUUGCGGGGGAGUUUGGGGGUCGGGGGUUGGUGGAUUGCGUGGCGGUGGGUCAUCCGAGUAUGUUGGUGCCGGGGGAUGUUGAGGGGUUGAGGGUGCCGGUGCAGUUUUUGGCGCCCGAGUUGGAUGAGGUGUUUACGGCGGAGUUGAAGUUGCUGGCGUUUACGGCGCUGCAGAAGAGUGGCGUGCCGUUUGAUUAUCAGCAUUUUCCGGGCGUGACGCAUGGGUGUUUGCAGCGGGGGAAUGCGGAUGCGAAGGGGGGAGAGGGCGGCUAUGGUUAG